AUCGUUAUAGCCAAAUGUGCGGUACACGUAACAUAUUCGCUUAUUCGCUUACUGUGCCUUGUGCGAGAUGGAUGCGUCCAACGGAAGAUGAGUUCGGUUGCGAGGAUGAGUAGUAUAAAAAAUUCUACGAAUAGAAAUAUUUAAUAUAAUUGAUAUUCGUGAUAUUAAAGCCGUUAUCGACAAUUGAAAAGAACGACAUGGAAAAGAAACUAUUUCUGGUGAAAGUAUCUCCUUCUUCUGUGGACGAAUUAUAUUUAUCCAAGAAGACUAAGUUUAAGGGCGAUUAAAACGAUCUUAUAUAUCCAUGCACGAUAACGGAACCUUUUCUUUCUAAUAUGAAAUUGAGAUGAAUUGCAAAAUAUUUUUUAUUGCAAAAAUGAAAAUAAUUCUCAUCAAUGAGAUGCUCCUGCUGAAAAGUAUUACACUGCAAAGAAAGUUGAUAUUAUUAUCUAUCAAGUAAAAUGACCCAAAAUUUCUACUUGGGUUUGAUAUUUCUAUUAGAAAUUAAUAAUGAGAAGUUUUGUUGCGGGAAUAAAAGUAACGUUAGAAGGGAAGAUCAAUAACGACAACGACUGUAAGAUAACAAAGGAUUGUCGGUUAAAUAGACGUACGAAUGAAAUGGUUGAUCUGCAGCAAGUAAUCAAUGAAAAAGUUAAUAAAAAAGAAGUAUUCUACAGCUUCGAACUUUUUCCGAUGAAAGGAUCUAGCGAUAUCUAUAAGAGAUUCUUUGCAGAGAUGGACAAAUAUUCUCCUUUAUUUUAUGCUUUAACUUGGCAUAGUAAAGGUCUUAUAAAUUCUUACUUGUCCUUGGAUAUAGUCGAACAAUUUCCUUCUCGUACGUUAUUACAUCUAGCGGCUAAAGGUUUGAAACGAUGCAACGUAGAAAUGAUAUUAAAAAGAGCGUAUAAUCUUGGAAUAAGAAAUAUUUUUGCACUUCAAGGAGAUUCGAUACUCGAAGAUGGUGAUUUUCCACAUGCUAUUGAUUUAGUCAAAUUUAUUAGAUCAUGUUUUGGUAAAAAAUUUAGUAUUUGUGUUGCGGGUUAUCCCGAUAUGCAUCCGUUAUCGCCAAACAAAGAUUUUGAUCUCUUUUAUCUAAAAGCAAAAGUUGAUGCAGGUGCAGAUUUUAUUAUAACACAAAUAUUUUUCGAGUCUGAUACAUUUAUAAAUUUUGUUAAUGAUUGUAAAAAUAUCGGAAUAACAAUUCCUAUUAUCCCUGGUAUUUUUCCUAUACCGGAGUAUAAAUGUUUACAAAGAAUGACUAAUAUUUGUCGCUUACAUAUACCAAGGAAAAUAGUCGAUCGUUUAGAGACAAUAAAGGAUGACGACGAAGCGGUAAAGAAUUUUGGAAUUGAAUUCGCAAUCGAUUUAAUUAAGGAUAUACUCGAGAGCCGAGCUUCCUAUGGUUUUCACUUAUUUACAUUAAACAAAAUACCAAUGGCUCAAAAUAUAUGUAAUCAGUUGAAUCUAACCUACCAAUUACAUUCAGAACAGUUAUAAAUUUAUAUCAAUAAUAUUCAAUCAAUGAUAAUAAUAACAAUAAUAAUAAUAAUUGGUAUCAUUAUUUCAACUAAAUAUGACAUUUCUGAAUAUACUAUAAACAAAGUUAAAUCUCAUUUGUUUUUUUCUCUACAAAGUAUGUUUGAUAUUACAUAUUGAUUCAUGAAAUAUUGUUACUUAAAGUAUUUUGACUUUUUUAAAGAUGUCAUUGCGGUCGUCUAUCAAUUAUUGUCUCUUAAAGACAAGAAGAAAUGAAAAAGAAAAUCGAUACAUUUUAAACUUUUACUGUAAAGAAGGACAGAAUGUGACUCAAAUUGCUAAGAAAAUUUCUUUGUGUUCAUAUUUCGUUAUUGAUGUAUUAUCAAAGUUCUGUCACCUAUCCGGCAGAAGCGUUGUCAAAAUGAUGUUACAAGACAAGCGAUGUUGUCAAAGAUAUAAUCAUCGAUCACAAAAUAGUUUUAAAUCAUUUGAAAAGGUCGCCAGCAAAGGAAAAAAAGAUCUGACGUUUGAGAGCCGUUGACUAAAUAAUGGAAACUUCAACAGAGCGAAUUACGAAGCAUUCAUUAAACAGCUCAUUAUGGAAUAUAAUAUACGAAAAAAAUCAUAAUUAUGAGAAGCAUAAAGAAUAAAACGUAAGUCUUGAUCUA